AUGAGCCACGAGACCGUUGGCUCGCUCCUGGCCGUCAUUGCGAACUCGCUUAACGAUGGCCUGCGCAUCAUGAUGUUCGCCGACAAGCGGGCCUGGGGGUCUGACGAGUUCGAGCAGCUACGUCUGCUAGAGGAGACGCUCGACGAGGCUAAGAAAGACUUCCAGGAGCUGCCUGCUCUUGUCAACGGGAGGUACUACUACGAGAACGACCGCAUAGACGAGUCCCUCGAAGACCUCCGUAUCCUAUGCACGCGCUUCGAGUUGCACACGCAGACCUUUAAAGACUGGGUGCGCCACGGCGGCUCCAUAGACCCAUCCUGGGCCCACGAGACAACCACCCUCCGACGAGAAUUGCACCGCGCCCAGUGCCGUGCCGCCAGACGCAUACAUUCCGCGCAGCAGAUCGAGACGUCGGCCGAGAGCGUAAGAUGCCUCGGCGCCUUGCAGGUGUAUCGCGUUCAAAAGGGGCGCGACGUGCGCGUCGAGGACGAGCGGGCCGCGUGCGCGCAGGCAGGCCGCUUCGAGAGGUACGCGGAGAGAGACGUAGCGUUCGUGUGCGAUUUCUGCGACGGGUUUUUAGUCUGGGAGGACCUGCGCGCGGUCCCGACGACGCGGAUAGCUCAGCCUCCCCCGCGCAUCGACGAUCUCCCCGCACCCGUUACGAGCAAUACGACGAGAGUUGGCGAGACCACCACCAACAGCAACAACAACAACAACAACAAUAAUAAUAAUAAUAAUCCCAGCGCGGACGGUGACAACGACAUCAACCCCGCCACUGCGAAUUGGCAAUCCCGAGGCAUCGCGCUCUCCAACGGCGAGCAGAAGACGAUAGUAUUCGCGCCCGUCGCCGUGGCAAACCACGUGCCCCCGGAGAUAGGCGAGUGGCGGUCGCGGAUCCUGUGCCCGCACUGCGACGAGUACUACUACGAGGAGCAGGGCGACGACGACAUGGAGCGCGUGCGGUACACGCAAGGUCGAGGGUUCGAAAGCGUUGCCGCUUUCCAGGAGCAUCUGGAGUGGAGCCAUGCGUCCAUGGUGCCGAGCGCUUCGAACUGCGGAGUUAUGUAA